UAAAAUGAAAAAUGUGCAUAUGCCAGGUUUGAGUGUAGAGGAGGAGUUUAUAUAAACAGCUCAGCUCAGUUAGAGACCGAUGGAAGAGACGCAGAACAUGGAGAGUCACUUUAAUGAUUCCGCCAGUUCAGACAGCAACGACUGCCAGAGGGUAGACCAAUAUGGAUUUGAGAGAGCGGAAGAUUUCAACUAUGAAUCCUAUGAGGACUUUAUGUCCAGGCAUUUAGCUGUUGUCACUAGAAGGUCAAAGAAGUGGACGAAACUUUUGCAGGGCACUGUAAAAGUUGAGAAAAACAUAAAAGUGAAGCGAUAUGUGAGGAAAGGGGUUCCAUGUGAACAUCGCACUCAGAUCUGGAUGGCAGCUAGUGGAGCCCAGGACCAGCUGGACAGAAAUCCUGGCUACUAUCAUUCUCUAUUAAAGGCUGAGCAUGACCCUAAAAUAGAAGAGGUUAUACGUGCUGAUAUGCACAGAACCUUUCCUGACAACAUUCAGUUUCGUGCCUCCUCCGAGCCAUGUUUACAGAAAGCCCUGUUUAAUGUACUACUGGCCUAUGGAUACCACAAUAAGGAUGUUGGUUACUGUCAGGGAAUGAACUUUAUUGCUGGAUACCUCCUCAUCAUCACCAAAGAUGAAGAGAAGUCUUUCUGGUUAAUGGAUGCUUUAAUUGGCAAGAUCUUACCAGACUAUUACACACCAACAAUGCUGGGGCUUCAAAUGGAUCAAGAGGUGCUUGGAGAGCUUGUCAGGAUGAAGGUUCCUGCUGUCUGGCAGGUCAUGAAUAGACACAAUGUAAUGUGGACCCUGGUGGUUUCACGCUGGUUCAUCUGCCUGUAUGUGGACAUACUUCCUGUAGAGACAGUGCUGAGAAUAUGGGACUGCCUGUUUUACGAGGGAUCCAAGAUCCUGUUCAGAGUGGCUUUGACGAUGAUUCGUCACAAUGAGAACCUCAUCUCACAGGCACAGAGUCUCUCAGAAAUCUGCGAACGCUUCAAACAGAUCACUAAUGGGGAGUACGUAGAGGACUGCCAUACAUUCAUGCAGAAAAUCUUUAUGGAGCCCGGAGGUCUCUCUACAGCAACAAUUACUAAACUCAGGAAGAUGUGCAGGAAUCGCAUUACUUCUGCUUGAACAUGAAAUACAGUUCUGCAUGUUCAGCAUGUGAGAUGAGAAUCUAUUACUUAAUGUGUGGAAAAACUUUAUGGUAUGUUAAGAUUUUAUAUGAAUAUUUUAAACAUAAUGAAAGGGAUACACUACCUUUCAAAAGUUUGGGGUCAGUAAGAUUAUUAUUAUUAUUUUUUAAUAUGUCUCUGAUGAUUACCAAGUCUGCAUUUAUUUGAUCAAAAUACAAAAAAACAGUAACAUUGUAAAAUAUAAUAUACAAUUUAAAAUUAUGUUUUCUAUUUUUAUAGAAACAUUUAAAGAUGCAAUUUAUCCAUGUGAUGGCAAAAGCUUCAGUGUCACAGGAGCUUUUAGAAAUCAUUUUAAUUUUCUGAUUUGGUGUUUUCAUGGAUCGUAAUCUUUCAUGGAUACCGUGCUUAAUGUUGUUUUAUUGAUGGAAAAUCAAGAAAGCAUUUAUUGAAUGCUUUUGUAACAUAUAUUAAAUGUGACUUUUGAUCAAUUUAAUGUGUCGAUGCUUAAUAAAAGUAUUCAUUUUCCAAAAGAUUUUAAUGACCCCAACCCUUUGAACAGUAGUUCACCCCCCCAAAAUUUUUUAUCAUUAACUGGAGGCAUACCGUUCCAAACCUGUAUGAUCUGUAACCUACUGAUAUUUACUGGUACCUACUGGUAGAUAUUUAGAAUUUUCAUUGAGUAAACAAUCUAAGAGGUAUUCAC